AUUCAAGAUGAAAUGACCAAAUUAAAUGUUGAUUCGAUGGAUUACCAUAACAAGAUCAAAGAACUCAAUUCGAGACAAGGUAAAGUUAUCAAUGAUUUAUAUAGAGAAGAGGGGGUUGAAAAACUUUGUACAGACAUCCUUGAAUAUUGCUUCUAUGAUUUAUGGGCAGUCCUAUUGAGCAUAAUUAAGAUGCAAAAACUGGUUAUGUACCGAUUAGAUGCGAUGAUUUAUAACUGUGAAUACGCGCAACCAUUCUGUGGUGGUAAAACAAGCAUGUUGAAUUGUCUUAUAGCUAAGGAGUAUAAUAAAAAUCAUAAUGACAAGCCGGUAUCGUACGGUAUCAAAGAUAAGAAGAAAUUUCAAGAUGCGGAAGUAAUCGACCCAGAGACCAGGUAUUACAUGGAUCCUAUUUAUGUACUUGAUUUUGCAA